AUGUAACCGUAUAAUAUUAAUUAAUAGCAUUUAGAGACAUUUUGCGAAUUGCUGUAUUUUAUAGCCUAUUACGGUAAUACAAUAUUACAACUUAAUAAGGCAACAUUUUUAUUUAAGGAUUGUUUAAAAUUAUCAGAAUUGUGUAGAAAUCACAAACUGAAAGUUAAAAUUUUGAUUUAAUUAUUUUCAAUUGCAAAGCAAUUGAAACAAUAUGACAAGGCUCAUAAAUUCAUAUUGAAAGCACUUCAAUAUGCUUGGGCUAAUAAUUUUGAUGACUAUGAAAUAGAUUGCUACGAUAAAUUGGGUAUUUGUUAUUUCUAUAUGGGCGAUAUCAACAAAGCAAAUCAUCUACAUAAUAAAUGGGUAAAGUGUGAAAUCGAAACCAGGGAUUCCUAUUAUCGAAUAACUUCCAAAGAGUUUAUCUAAUUAUAUGAAAGAUCAUAACCACUUUGUCGAGAAUUUGACGAUAAAAUUUCAAGAUAUAUUCACAUCCCAUUUAUGAAUAUUAAAACUGGAUAGGCAUUUGAUUCGAAUUCAACUAUAAAGUAUAAUACUUGUGAGGCAAUUUCAUUAAUGAAUGAUAUUCUUCUUGGACUUGAUUACACAGAAUACUUUUUAGAAUACCAUUAGAUUGGAUAAACUCAAAAACCACAGCUAAAAAAAUCAUCAUUGCCCAGAAGAGCACUUGAAAUUAUGCAAAAAUAUAACAACAAUAAAGAUAAAUAUGUAUUUGAUCAUAAGAUUCACGAAAACCCUAUUUAUAAAUUAUCACUUUAGGAAAAGGUUGACUAUAGGAAAUCCAAAUUCUACUCUCUUGAUUCUGUGUAGUAAAACAUCUAAAAAUACAUUUCUGAAUAGAGGGAACCGUUCAAAAAAAGUGAAAAGAUUUAUGUUAAGGAAUCUCAAAGAAAGGAUUUGUCGCCUGAGAAUGGAAACCAAUUGUCUUUACAUUUUAGAAAGAUUUUGGUGAGCAUAAUUAAUUAAAAUUGA